AUGUCGACCCCAAUCCCGGCUAACAACUUAUACCUGGGCCAAGCGCGCGCCAGCCCCAGUGUCCAAGAUUGCAUGACCAUCUAUGACAAAUGGGCCGCCACCUAUAACGACGAAGUAGGCAACGAAGCCCAAAACUACGUGGCACCUGUGCUCGUCGCCCAAGCCGCCAUCAACUUCAAAUCCCCGACGGGUCCCGCCAACCGCGUGAUCCUCGAUGCCGGCUGCGGGACCGGGCUGGUGGGCCAGGCGCUGGGCAUCGGAGGCGCCAAAGCCAUCGACGGGCUGGACCUGUCACCCGCGAUGCUGGACAUUGCCCGGCAGACAGGCCUGUACCGCGAGCUGGCGCAAGCAGACCUGAACCGGCCGAUCGACAAGCCGGCCGGCACGUACGAUGUCGUCGUGUGCGUGGGCACGUUCACACUCGGCCAUGUGGGCCCGGACCCGGCGCUGAGGGAACUGGUGCGCGUCACGAAGACCGGUGGCAUUGUUGUUGCCACGAUCCUGGAGGAGAUCUGGAUUUCUGGCGGGUUCAAGGCUGAGGUGGAGAAGUUGAGGGCGGAGCGCUUGGUGGCUGUGGUCGCCGAUGAGCUUAUAGACUAUGUAAAGGGCCACGGCGACAAAGCGGUGCUGCUUAUCCUAGAGAAGAUCCCUUGCGCCUGA